CAGUUCUUGAAAGUGGCAUCACAACAAAAAAAGUCAUUCUGAAAUUGAAUUGAGCCAUGGCGGGUGUACUUUUUGAAGAUAUUUUCGAUGUCAAAGAUAUUGAUCCGGAAGGAAAGAAGUUUGAUCGUGUCAGCCGGCUGCAUUGUGAAAGUGAGUCGUUUAAAAUGGACCUGAUCCUGGAUGUCAACACUCAGGCAUAUCCCAUGGAUCUAGGUGACAAGUUCCGGCUGGUGAUCGCGUCCACCCUGAAGGAAAGCGGACAGCCGGACGACGGCGAGUACUACUCCAUUCUGGAUUCGGGCCCCUCCCGGGCCGACGCCUUCGAGUACGUCUGCUACGGCAAGAUCUACCGUAUCGAGGGGGACGACGCUGUUCAGGAAGCGUCCAGGCUGGCUGCGUACGUGUCGUUCGGCGGACUGUUGAUGCGCUUGCAGGGCGACCCUAACAACUUGCACGGAUUCGAAGUGGACAGCCAUGUCUACCUCCUGCUCAAGAAGCUGGCUUUCUGAGGUCAUUCUUCAUUGGUGUACAUAAUAAUCAGUCAUUCCCAUUCUUUUUUUAAAAAGAAAUAAAUGUCAUUUGUCAUUAA